AUGUCCGCAGCUGACGAAUACCAACCGGGAACCGAGGGCCUCGAAGGCAGCACGGGUCCAGACACCGUGGACAACGACUACAAGUCGCGAACUGGACAGAAAGGCCAGAUCCCCGUGCAGAGUGAUGACGCUCCGAUCGAAGAUCCCAUCGACGCCAAUGUCGCCGACUCGGAUGAGCAACUAGUCCGCGAUGACAACGAGGCCAUUGAUAAGAGCAACAUCAUUGACGAGCGCACUCGUGGAGCCACCAAGGAGGCCGGCACGUACCGCGAGCCCGGCGAUGAGGAAGGUCUUCCUGGGCCAGAUGAUGGGACCAGCGCCGUCUCUGGGGGACCGAUCUAG